CUUACUUCUAAUGUUUUCUCGAGAAAAUCGUAAAGUUUAUGCGUUUUACUAGGAAAGUUAAAAAAAAAAAUUGGUUACUUGAAAUUCUCUAUGUCGUCAAAUUGAUUUCUUUCUUAUUGUCACCAUCAUUUUUCUUGUGUUUCCCAGGCUUUUGUAACUUGGACAUCAACAGAUGCCGGAGAAAGGAGUGAUUCCGUCUCAGAUGGUGAGCCACCACCGUCCGAGUCCUCUGCAUCGAUGGAGGUUAAGCACUCUAACGUCCCUCGUUUUCUUCUUUAUGGUUAUCCUCUGGAGCAUCGACGGCUGUAGGAUCAACACAUUCAUCGACUCAUGGAGAUUCAACGCUUCUUACUCCAUGCGACUCACUUCUCCUUCUACGAAACCAAAUCUAACUUCCAACACAACUAAUCCAACGGAUCUACAUUCAACUCAAUUAAAGUUCCACUGGAUCUCCGCAGAGAUGGAGCACAACUUCACAACCAACCUCUUAAAAAACUGGUCUGCUCCAGGAGGAGGAGAGAAAUGCAGAGACGCAAAAACCGUCGAGAUCUCCAUUCCAAACAUCGACGAUCAAGACUCUAUCCAAUUAACCGCCGGAGAGAUCCACGAGUUCAGAUUCCAAACCCUUGACGAAUCAGGAAAACAACUCUGCGUCGGUGGAGAUUACUUCGAAACCGAUCUCUCCGGCCAAAACUGGAAAUCAAGACCACCGGUUAAAGACUUAACCAACGGAACUUACUCUAUCUCCCUCCAGAUACAUCCCGAGUUCGCCGGAGACUACAAUCUAACCGUCAUCUUACUCUUCCGUCACUUCCAAGGACUUAAACUCAGCCCUGAACGUUUCGCCUUCAACAGAGAGCUCCGCAGAAUCAAACUCCGCUUCGUCGAGAAAAACGACGUCGUUUUACCGGAGCUACGGAGAUGCGUCCGGUCAGAUUUUGAAAGAGAGGUCUGGUCCGGACGGUGGACUAGGCUUGGUGAGAACAAGGAGUGCCAAAUCAGCAACGACGGGCGAUACCGUUGUCUUGAAGAUGGUUUCCCUUGUCGGAAACCGUGGUGCGAAGGAGCGUUGGGUGAGUUAGAGAGUAACGGUUGGGUUUACUCGAGUCACUGCUCGUUUAAGCUCUUCUCUGGUGAUGAGGCUUGGAGUUGUUUGAAGAAUAAAUGGAUCUUCUUUUGGGGAGACUCGAACCACGUGGAUACGAUUAGAAACUUGCUCAACUUCGUAUUGGGUCGUCCCGAGAUCGGUUCUGUCCCUAGGAGGUUUGAUUUGAAAUUCUCUAACCCGAAGAACGCGUCGGAGACAGUUAGGAUCACGAGUAUCUUCAACGGACAUUGGAACGAGACGCAGAACUAUCAAGGUCUUGACUCGCUUAGAGACCACGGAUUCAGAGAGCUGCUAAAAAGCUACUUUGCUGAAGAAACAAGUGUUCCUGACGUAAUGGUUGUGAACUCGGGUCUACAUGAUGGUGUACACUGGUCUAACCUUAGAGCGUUUUCGAAAGGAGCGAAAACCGCAGCUGCGUUUUGGAGAAACGUUUUUGAUUCGGUGAAAAGACGCGGGUUCAAACCGCCGGAAGUGGUUUUUAGGAACACGAUCGCGACGGGCGGGUACGCGAGGACGCUGGCGUUUAAUCCGAGCAAGAUGGAAGUGUACAAUGGGGUGUUUUUGGAGAAGAUGAAGGAGUUUGGGUUGGUGUCUGGUGUGAUUGAUAAUUUUGACAUGACGUAUCCGUGGCAUUAUGAUAACAGGUGUAACGAUGGGGUUCAUUAUGGGAGAGCUCCGGCGAAGACGAGGUGGAGAGACGGGGAGAUUGGGCAUCAGUAUUUUGUUGAUCUGAUGCUUGUUCAUGUCUUGUUAAAUGCUUUGUGUGUGAGAUAAAAGAGUAGAAUGAUGGUUAGGACUAGAAGUUAGGAGUCAUGAUUCUUUUGUUUGUGUUGUCGUGUACACUUCAGAAGUACAGAAUACGUCUAGCCAUAAAUUGAGUAUUAGCACAGCUGAAGAACACUACAAAUCGUUGACUAGCUUAUGUAUUCAAAUAUCUUCUGUCUAGACGAUGGACAGAAGCAAAUAAGUUUAUGUCAACAAAUCAAAUAUAUUGUUAUCAUAA